GCGAGGCGGGCAGAGAAGGCGCGCGGGGCGACAUGCGGCUGGUGAGCUGGAACAUAAAUGGGAUCCGGCGAUCGCCUGAGGCCCUGAGGCGCCUGCUCGACUCCCUGGGGGCCGAUGUGACCUGCUUGCAGGAGACCCGAGUCACUCGGGACCUGCUGGAAGAGCGCCUGGCCAUAGUGGACGGAUACAGCUCCUACUUUAGCUUCAGCAGAGUUCGCAGUGGCUACUCAGGUGUGGCCACCUUCUGUAAAAAUAAUGCCACUCCAGGGGCAGCAGAAGAAGGCCUGACCAGCCUACUGACCAAUCACCAGGGCGCUGUGGGCUCCUACGGGAACACGGAGGAGUUCACUGAAGAUGAGUUGCGGGCUCUGGACAGCGAAGGCCGGGCAGUCCUCACUCAGCAUCAGAUACGCACUUCAGAUGGGCAUGAAAAGACCUUGACGAUAAUCAAUGUUUACUGCCCCCAUGCGGACCCUGAGAAGCCUGAACGGUUGGCCUACAAGCUGCGUUUCUAUCGACUCCUGCAGCUCCGAGCUGAAGCCCUCCUGCGGGCAGGCAGCCACGUGAUCAUUCUGGGCGAUGUGAACACAUCUCACCGGCCUCUGGACCAUUGUGACCCUGAUGAUCUGGCGUGCUUUGAAGAGAACCCCGGACGCCAGUGGCUCACAGAGUUCCUGUGGCGGCCCGACAGGGACAGUGGGCUGUUCAUUGACAGUUUCCGUCACUUCCACCCGACCAAAGUCGGUGCCUUCACCUGCUGGUCUACUGUCAUAGGGGCACGCCUCACCAACUAUGGCACCCGACUCGACUAUAUCCUCGGUGACAGAGCUCUGGUGCUGGGGGAGUUUGAGGACUCCUUCCUCAUGCCUGAGGUGGAGGGCUCAGACCACUGCCCCGUUGGGGCCACCCUGAGGGCGGAGCUCAUCCCCGCACCCCGAUGUCCCCCACUCUGUACCCGGUACCUGCCAGAGUUUGCUGGACGGCAGCAGAAACUCUCCCGGUUCCUGGUCAAACUGGACCCGGUAAACCUUCCAGAGCCCACCUUGCCCCAGCCCCAAGGAGACAAGAACAGUGCACUGCCCAAGAACCGGGCCAAAAGAAUGGGUGGGGACCCAGGCCAAGGCCAGCUGAGCCUCCUGAGGUUCUUCCAGGCAGGCUGUCCCCCAGAAAAACCCCUCAUCACUGGAGCCCAGGAGCCUGAGACUGAUCCAGCCAGCCAGGACCCCAGGGUAGUGGCACCCCCACCCUCUGAACCAGGCGAGGGCCAGGCAGCAUUUUGGAAGGCUGUUCUGAAAGGCCCACCUCGACCUCCCCUAUGCAAGGGCCACGGGGAGCCCUGUGUGCUGCGGACAGUGAGGAAAGCCGGGCCCAACUUUGGCCGGCAGUUCUAUGUCUGUUCACGGCCUGUGGGCCACAACAGCAACCCUGCUGCUCGCUGUGACUUCUUUCUCUGGGUCUCUGGGAAGAGCCCAGCCCCUCGUUGAGGGCCUGCCUACUGCUGGGCUCUUCCCCUCCCCGCGCUCCCUUAGGGGGUGCUCCUAGGUUGUGGAGGUCAGCAUCGUUCAGUGGCUGUUUGCAAAGGCCCUAGUAGGGGCCCCAGAGCAGGCGUUAAAGGGCCUAAAAGAGGCUCAGGGGAAAGAAAGAAGCUGCUGCUAAUCUGGGGCUGUUGAACUUUUUUAAAAAAGAUAACAUUCAAUUUCACAUUAAUAAAGUUUGGAUCUUGGA